GGGAUAUCUACCACAAGCCUGAAUGACUGCACUUACUUGUGUCACUUUCAUACAGGAGGACUGGGGAACUGAUCAGGAUUCCAUAAUAUUACAAAGAACAUGGGCCAGCAGCAAACGGUCAUCUCGGAACCGGAGGAGUUGGAUGAAUCUGCUGUCUUUGUGGGGAAAGUGGAAGACCUUAAAGCACCUAAGAGGAUCAGAACCACAGUGAACGACAGAGAAGUAGUGAUAUUUCAUCAUCUGGGGAAAUACCAUGCCCUGGACCUUCGCUGCUAUCAUGCUGGAGGACCUCUUCAUCUUGGAGAAAUCGAGGAUAUUGAUGGACGAGCGUGUAUUGUUUGUCCUUGGCACAAAUAUAAAAUAGUUUUGGAAACUGGUGAAGGCUUGUACAAGGAGUUACCCUCAGACCCAAGCCGAUCGAAAAAGUGGUUCUCUAAGGAAAAAACAAAGACACUCACAAAGUGACUAGUCAAAGAUGGGAGUAUCUAUGUAACUUCUCCUCGUGAUUUUGAUCUAAGAUGUGAUUCUGAUUUCUAUGCGAAGGAAAAGUUCAUGAUGAUGCACAAACCUGAUCCUGUUAGAAUCCUUUACUACAGCAUACUUAUAUUUAUUUUACUGAGCAAUGUUAGCUCUAUGUAGUGUCAACUAGCAAUUAUAUUCA